UACAUCAUUCACCAGGCCAUAAAGAUGAGUGCUGAAACUCCCACCGCCCCAGAAACGGUAGAAGCACAGGCAAAACAGUUUCUUGCCAACCCGAACUUUUGCAAAAGCUUCACGAUACCCAAGACUGAGGACCACGAGGAGCUCACAAUCAGCUAUGCCGAUCUUGGCCGCCAACCCAAAAACGACGAGGAUGCCGUCAAUAUCCCAACUAUUCUCUUCCAUCCCGGAAUGUUUGCUUCGAGGCUUGCCCUGGUAUUAAAACACACCAUGGCUGAAAAGCUCGGUGUCCGUAUUAUCACCGCUGACCGUCCCGGCAUGGGCAGCUCGACGGAUAUAGGUGUCGAGAAACGCAUAGAUAUUUGGAUCGAAAUUGUACCAAAGCUGCUUGACCACCUGCACAUCAAGCAUGUUGCUCUUGCAUCGCACAGCGCUGGCACCCUAUAUCUCCUCAACACGCUAAUGCGACUAAGACACAUCCUGGAUCCAAAGCAACCACUUGUAGCUUUAUUUGCACCAUGGGUUGAUCCGACCUAUUCAAAGUUGGCGACUAUGCAAGUGUUAAGGUACAUUCCUACGGGUGCCUAUUCUAUCUGGAAUAAGAUUCCCAAGUUCUUCAUGGUCGAUGCUGCCCCGGCAUUUGAAGCAAGCGGAUCGGUCAUGUCAUCCAUCACCAAAAUGCUUCCCACGUCCUUACAGACCAGUGGAGGGGAGAGCGACAACGCUGUCAUGUCCGCAACAAGACAGAAACUCUACGAAGAAUACGGGUUACCACAGGAUCUUCUUUUGGCAAUCAACACCAAGACCACUGAAGCUGUAUUUGCAGAAUCAACAGUUGGCGCAAAUAGAGAGGCACUUCUCUGUACCCGAAAGGGCCCUGAUGGCAGCUGGGGACGUUGCGACAACUACGACACAUAUGUAAAGGAGCUGGCUGCAAUGGAAAAGGACACCAAUCCAUCAGAUGGGGCUACCAAGCUACGAGUCCGGCUCUACUUCGCCAAGUCAGAUCUUAUGAUUGGCGAGACAGGUCGAGAAUACAUGGAAGGCUGUUGGCAGCGAGAAGCUAGUGCUUUUGAUUUCAAGACUACUAUUGUUGAAGACACUGACCACGAUACUGUGUUGAGCGGGGAAGUCUUUGAACAGCUCUUUAUUGAUGUUGGUGGAAAGCGACCAUAGCAGAUACAUAAAAGCUACCAUUGUAUUUCCUAGCGUAAGCUCCUAUACUAUUACAUAGCUACCAUUCACUACAUCUCACUCUACCACCUUUCCCUUGCCUUUAUCUUUCGCCUUUGUUGUAACCUCUGGAGGCUCUGAUGAUGUU